UCAUGUCUUGACACAAUGAAUUUUUGACGUUCCGAACCUUCAAAAUUUUUUGUACAAGACCAACUUCAGGCCGACCCUAAUUACAAAAUUCUCGUGAACCUCCUGUUCAAAAUUCCAGUGACUAAAUCCCAUCAAAAUGGUGUUUGUAUGCCCACCAAAGGAAGAAACUGAAACCAAAGUGAAACUACUGAACAAUUUGAAGAAUGCAAUCGUAGAAAUGGAGAAAUCGUCGCAGUCGGGUGUGAGCCCGAUCUGUCUUCCGUGCUAUGUUCCUUUGGAAGAUAUAUCCAUCUGUAUGCCUUCUGCAGCAAAGCCAAAAGAAAGUGUUGGAGGUGAUUUUUGUCCACCAAAUGUGAUGGUGUGUUACAAAAUAUGCCAAAAGGACCCUAAACCAGAAACUAGAGUAAAUCAACAAAUUGAAGUCGUUCGUAGAGUACGCCAGUCAAAGUCUAGAGAACUUCGUGCCAGUAUUUUAUAUACUGGUUGUAACUGCGAGAAAAAAGACGGUCUCCAAGAUGACUGUCCCAGAACUGUUUGUCACGGCUCCCCAGAAUGUCUGACCCAACCACCGACUUGUGGCCCAAGUGAAUUCUGUAACGGCAAACAUUUGGGCAAAAAGGGCUAUGGGUCAAAGUACGUAGGCAAGAGAGAGGAUGAAGGAGAUAGCAAGAAAGGCAGCAACGCCAGAUACAAAUGUUUUCCUGCUGUGGUACAACCUCCUGCAUGCUGCUGUCCGUUGAGCUAAGAGCUAAAGUGUAGUAUAGUGAUCGUGUACUAAUGUGAAAAAUAAAUAUAUGUUUUCGGAUACAUUUUUCUGCAAUAA